UUAUUGAUAUUGGAUACGUCUUCGUUAGAAAUGUGGCAGGAUAAAGAAGUUCGCUUUGAUAUUCCUUACAAUCAAAUGCAACUACGAUUGGGAGAAUUUGCUGUCGACAAACUUGAUUUGAUAGAAGAUACAAAAGGAAAUGCAGGCGAGAAUGGAAGACUUAUAGUAACAAAUCUCAGAACUAUAUGGCAUUCUUUGCUUCUUCCACGAAUAAAUCUAAGUAUUGGCUAUAAUGCUUUCGUAGCUGUGAAUUCUAAAACUAUACACACUUUACAAGGGAGGCAUAUGCAAGCUCUGUAUAUUUUAACCUCUUACCGAAAUUGUAGAUAUGAAUUUAUAUUUACAAAUCAAAAUCCAAAAAGUACAAGACAUUAUACAUCUGUUAUUGGUAUAUACAGAGCUUACAUUUCAUCCAAGAUUUAUCGUGAAAUUAAAUUAAGGAGUGGAAUAAUCAAUGAUCAACAAUUGUUAACUCUACUCCCGCAAGAAACAGUAUCAUCAACUUCACAAGACAUUUGGAAUUUAUCAUUAGAGCAGGGAAAUAUGGGGACUUUAAUUGUAACAAACAUACGCCUAGUAUGGUAUGCUAAUAUGAAUUAUCAAUUCAAUAUAUCAAUUCCAUACCUCGUAAUAGGAAAUAUCACUAUUAAAAAUUCAAAAUUUGGGUCAACUCUGGUCAUCAGUAGCACAGAAUCUAGUGGGGGGUAUAUAUUAGGUUUUCGAGUUAGACCUAUACAGAGGCUUCAGGCUCUUCAUAAAGAAAUUUUAAUGCUAUACAAAACAUUCGAAAAGUUUCCAAUCUUUGGCGUAGACUAUACAUUCGAACACGAGGCGCCAUUACAACAGGAGCUAAAUAUAGAACAGUACUCUGAAAUACAGGACAGUCAAGUCGAAAUUUUAAACGUGUUCGGUUACUAUUUUUCUGAAGGGUUCAAUCAAAGGAAACCUAGCUUUUCGAAUUACUUGGGUCUUGCCGCAGAGAAUUCCGAAGAAGCUAUUAAAUUGCAGAGUAUAUGGGAACUCGUGCCUCAAAAUUAAUUUAGAAAAUAUUUGUAAACUUUCGAGCGUUACGGACAUAUUAAUUUUCACCUAAAAUAGCAAGAACUCCUCAUUUAUAGUGUGUAUUAAUGUAUUAAAUGAAAGUAAUAUCAUACAACAUAUAUAAUUGGAACUAAUAGUAAUGAAAUAUUUUAAUAAUAUAAAGAAAAUAAUUAAUAGCAAUAAAAUAUAUCCAUAAACGUUUCGU